CAUCCGCUUAGCCUUGUAAACAUUUUCAGGCUGGGAGUUUUCUUACUUGAAAGAAUGUAUUACUCAAGUUUUAGGGCUAUAAUUAUUUUAGAACAUCAGUUAAAGUCGUAGGCUCUUCGUACGAGUUCAGUGUCGUUGGCAGAGAGGAUGUGACCAGACAAAUCGCAGAGGACUUUGCAGCCACUUAUGCUGUGCUUGUCAUGGACGGGAACAGAUGUUUGUAUCCCAGUACUGUGCUACAAAAGGACAAAUCGCCCAGGAUUCUGCCUGGGAACAUCUUCACUGAUAACACUCGUGCUGCUGAUGUAUGCUGUGGGUAUCCAGGCAAGUCUCAGUUUAGGUCCAGGUGGAGACUUCCCAAGGUUUAGAGAUUUGUUCCUGUAUGCUUUCAGUCAUGAUGAGCUGUCUGCUCUGCUGGUCAGUGUUGCACUCCUGCUGCUGGUUGGACCGUGUCAGGAGCGUCGAUGGGGAACAUUCGCCUUCCUUGCCCUCUCCAUCCUGACAAUGACCAUAUUACCUCUCCUUUACACCCUGGUCCUCUUCGUAGGUAGUGGUGAGGCGAGUCGGAUCUGUGGCUACUCUGCCAUCCAUCUGGCUCUGUUUACAGCGCAGUGUCGUCAGGUGACACAGAAGCGGCUGCUGAGGUGUUUGCCGGUCUGGUUUCUCCCCUGGAUUCACUUGCUGAUUGGUCUGCUGCUGCUGCCGGGGACACCUGCCCUGCUUCACUUCUGCGCCAUAUGCAUCGGACAUAACUAUCAUCAGCCCUUCAUUGGGAUGUUACAGGAGCUGGAGGAGGCCAGGGUAAUGGAUUUCAUUCCUGAUUGGGCAUUUGUUCCCACUUCAGCGAAGUUCAGAUUGCCCACCUACACUACCUCACAGAGAUCUAGAUCACUUUCUCAGAUGAUGCCUGUAGAUCAGGCAGCUGCUCCCCCCGCAAGGGACCUCUCUGUUCCGAACCAUCACCCAUGGAUGGAGCCAAUGCCUGCCUGGAUGAUGGAGGAGUCUACUGCACUGUCGGAGGCAGAGGUGUUGGAGGAGCAGAUGCUAAGGGCAGGGAUACUGGCCUCGUUACAGGAAGCUCCUGAUGACCCUGAUGCAAAAGUGGAAGUUCCUAAAUCAUCAGUUUCGUCAUUGCGGCUCCAGCAGCUGGAGAAGAUGGGCUUCCCCACAGAGAAAGCUGUAGUGGCAUUAGCAGCCUCAAAACAGCUAGAUGGCGCCAUCUCUUUGCUUAUUGAUGACAGCGUUGGUGAACAAGCUGUGGUGGUUUCAAAGGGAAAGAGCCCUCUGCCCCUGCAGAGCAACUAGACGACCUCACACUCCAGGACUGAGUCUGUAAUAGUAUUUGCAUCUAUGCCGUAAACUAGACAUAAAUAAUGCUUGGGUUUUGCUGAGCUUUAAUAUUGAGGAUUUUCCCUGUGGGCUUCUUAUUGAACUAUUUAAAUGAUCAGAAUUCCAGUGGAAAAGUGGAGCAGAAAAGACCGAGUUGUUCUUCCUCAUCGACUGUGAGUAUAUUUAAGGGUAAAUGCAAACUUAACGACUUGAGACAGCUUCUGUAUCUGUACGUAAGAUGUACAUCGGAGAGACUGGAUGUAAUUUAUUUACAUUAUGACAGUGUUUAAAUGAAUAUUGUUGUAAGACUAAUGAAGACAGGUGACAUGUUAAAAAAAAAAAACAAUGAACAUUAUUUUAU